GAGUUACCCGUGCUGGGGUCAGCGCGAUGCCUAAAGCCAAGGGGAAGACCCGGAGGCAGAAGUUCGGUUAUAAUGUUAACCGGAAGCGUCUGAACCGGAAUGCUCGACGGAAGGCAGUGCCGCGGAUCGAAUGCUCCCACAUCCGACAUGCCUGGGACCAGACCAAAUCGGUGUGGCAGAACCUGGCUGAUAUGGGUUUGGCUAUGGACCCCAACAGGGUAGUGCCCCUUCUUAAGAGAAAGGUAAAGGCCCUGGAAGUGGACGUGGAGGAGGGGCCUAAGGACCUCAUGCGGAAGCCCUAUGUGCUCAAUGACCUGGAGGCAGAAGCCAGCCUUCCAGAAAAGAAAGGAAAUAUGCUAUCUCGGGAUCUCAUUGACUAUGUUUGCUACAUGGUGGAGAACCAUGGGGAGGACUAUAAGGCUAUGGCCCGGGAUGAGAAGAAUUACUAUCAAGAUACCCCAAAACAGAUUCGGAAUAAGAUCAACGUCUAUAAGCGUUUUUACCCAGCGGAGUGGCAAGCGUUUGUCGAUUCGUUGCAGAAGAAUAAGAUGGAGGUUGAGUGACUGGUUUACACCUGCCCCAGGUUGAGGCUUCCUCCUGGACCAGAGAAGCUGAGCCAGGGUUUAAGGCAGGGAGAGGUGUGUGGCUACAGAUGAGG